AUGAACAAGAAAGAUAAGAAAAUCUAAGAGAAGAAAGAAAAGGAAGCUAAGAGACAAUAAUUGUUGGCCACAUUGGCAAAAUCUUAAUUGACAUAAGAAUAGAUGAAUUAACUCAAUAGUAUAAAGGAUGCAACAAGUAGCAAAAGAGAUCGCAAACAUUCUGUAGGAAAUCAAAUAGAAGAAGAAGUGAUAAAUGAUAAUAAAGAAGAAGUUUAAUAGGAAAAUAAUAAUAUAUAACAAGUGAAUAUAUUUGAUACUGUUGUAUAUGAGAAUGAAAAUCCAAUAUAAAUUCAACAUCAUGAGUCUCAUUAAAAAAUGUCUGAAGCAGAACGAUUAGAAAUUAUGGCUAAAUAAUUAUUCCCAGAUAUUAGUUUAGAGUCAUUUGAUUAGAAAAGAAUCCCUAAAGGAUAAGUUUAAGCAUAACCAAGAGAAUUGAUAUCAGAAUAUGAUCCUGAAAAAGAUGAUAUUUAUGAUAUUGAUCCAUAAUCAAUUACAAAUUAUGAUAGUUUACUUACAGAUAUUAAUUCAUUUAAAAAUUAAUAAAUAAAUAGAGAUGAAAAUAUUAUUAAAUAAAGAGCUUAAUUACCAAUUUUAAUAUAAGAGAAUGAUAUUAUUGAUGCAAUUAAAGGCAAUUUAAUUACUUUAAUAUCUGGAGAAACAGGAUGUGGUAAGAGUACUUAAAUUCCUUAAUUUUUAUAUGAAGCAGGAUUCACUGAAUUUGGUGCAAUUGCAAUUACACAACCAAGAAGAUUGGCAGCAAUUUCUUUGGCAUAAAGAGUUAGAGAUGAAACUGGUUUUACUAUGGGAAAAGAGAUAUCAUAUUAAGUUAAACAUGAAUGUAGUGGAAUUGAUGUAGAUAAAAUGAAAAUGAAAGUAGAUUUGAUAUUUAAUUAUAGUUUAUGACUGAUGGUAUCUUAAUAAAUGAAAUGUAAACUAGUGUAAUGGUACCUUAGUAUUCUGUAAUUAUCAUUGAUGAAGCUCAUGAAAGAAAAGUAAAUAUAGACUUACUGAUUGGAGUAUUAUCAAGAGUUGUAAUUGCAAGAGCAAAAAUGAAUAAACCAUUAAGAUUAGUUAUUAUGAGUGCUACAUUAAGAUUAGAUGAUUUCUUAAAUAAUAAAUUAGUAUUUCCAAGAACACUAAAUUUAAUAAAAAUAUAAACUCGUUAAUAUCCAGUACAAAUAUAUUUCAAUAAAGUGUAAGUACCUGUAAUGAUUGUAGGACUAAAGAUGAUUACGUUUAGGCAGCCAUAGAAAAAUGUGUUAAAAUUCAUUAGACAUUACCUCCUGGAGAUGUUUUAGUAUUUUUGACUGGAUAGAAAGAGAUCCAUUAAUGUUGUAGCAUAUUAAAUGAUAAAUUAAGAUAAGGAAUUAGAAAAUAAAAUAUAGAUUAAGAAUAUUCAAAUAGUGAAGAAGAAAAUUAAUAAUAAAUAAAUUAAUAAGAAAAUGAAGAAGAAUAAUAAUAAUAAUAAUAAUAAUAAUAAUAAUAAUAAUAAUAAUAAUAAUAAUAAUAAUAAUAAUAAUAAUAAUAAUAAUAAUAAUAAUAAUAAUAAUAAUAAUAAUAAUAAUAAUAAUAAUAAUAAUAAUAAUAAUAAUAAUAAUAAUAAUAAUAAUAAUAAUAAUAAUAAUAAUAAUAAUAAUAAUAAUAAUAAUAAUAAUAAUAAUAAUAAUAAUAAUAAUAAUAAUAAUAAUAAUAAUAAUAAUAAUAAUAAUAAUAAUAAUAAUAAUAAUAAUAAUAAUAAUAAUAAUAAUAAUAAUAAUAAUAAUAAUAAUAAUAAUAAUAAUAAUAAUAAUAAUAAUAAUAAUAAUAAUAAUAAUAAUAAUAAUAAUAAUAAUAAUAAUAAUAAUAAUAAUAAUAAUAAUAAUAAUAAUAAUAAUAAUAAUAAUAAUAAUAAUAAUAAUAAUAAUAAUAAUAAUAAUAAUAAUAAUAAUAAUAAUAAUAAUAAUAAUAAUAAUAAUAAUAAUAAUAAUAAUAAUAAUAAUAAUAAUAAUAAUAAUAAUAAUAAUAAUAAUAAUAAUAAUAAUAAUAAUAAUAAUAAUAAUAAUAAUAAUAAUAAUAAUAAUAAUAAUAAUAAUAAUAAAAUGAUGAUAAGGCUGAUUAUUUAGAAUUGAAAAAUUUAGUUGGAACUGUAUAAAUGACAUAAAAUAAUGUAUUUAAAAUAGAUACAGAUUUAUCUGAUUAUGUUGUAGUUCCAUUAUAUUCUAAAUUAGAUCUUAAAAAUUAAUAAAUUAUAUUUCAUAAUAAUCCAACUAAAAAAAGAAUGUUUGUUAUUGCUACUAAUGUUGCAGAAACAUCAAUAACUAUACCAACUAUACGAUAUGUUGUUGAUGCUGGUAAAUAAAAAAGAAAAAUAACAGAUACUAAAAUAGGAUUAGAAAAACAUAUGAUAGGAUGGAUAUCUUAAGCAGCUGCUGAUUAAAGAAGUGGUAGAGCUGGUAGAACUGGUCCUGGUUAUUGUUAUAGAUUAUAUUCAACUGCUGUAUAUUCAAAUUAAUUUUAAAAAUUUGAUAAUCCAGAAAUCACUUAAAUUAGUUUAGAUCAUGUUAUUUUAUAAAUGAAAAGUAUUGGUAUCAAAGAUGUUUAUAAAUUUCCAUAUUUAACAAGUCCAGAUAUUAAAGCAAUAAAAGAAAGUCUUACUAAUUUGAUUAAAUUGGGAGCCAUGAAAAUAAAAUAAGAAACUAAUUCUGAUAAUUCAAACAUUACAUAAUUAGGUAUUAUAUUAUCUUAAAUACCAUUAAGUCCAAAAUAUGGUAAAUUCCUUCUUUAAACAAGAAUAAGGAAUUUACUUUAAUAUGGAGUUUUAAUGGUAUGUAUAUUAAGUGUUGAAGAAAUAAUUAAUAAAUAAGUAUUUUAAGUUCAUACUCAAAUCUAAGCUAAUGAUAAUGAAUAAGAUGAAAUCAAAUAAUUAGAAUAAGAAUAAAAAGAAUAACAAUAAUAAAUUAAAGAUUAAUUCUAAACAUAUAAAAAUUUAAAAUCCUUUAUAGAAAAGCAUGGUGAAGGAUAUAAAAUAAGUGAUUUAAUUUAUUUAAUGAAUAUUGUUGGAACAGCAAUAUCAUAAAUUAAAGAUGAUUAAGAUAUCUAAUAUUAAAUUAAUUAAUUAGCAUAGUAAUAUCAUUUUAUUAGUAAGUCAUUUAAAGAAAUCUAUUAUAAUUUAUUAUAAAUUCUUGAAAUUUUGAAUUUAAUAGUGGAAGACAAAACAAUAGUAACUCAAUGUGUUUCUGCUAUUAAAUAGUAUUAAAAACCAUCAAGAGAAGCUCAACUUACAUUAGCUGAAUUAAUAGUUUAAACAAAUGGAUUACAUAAAAUAGCAAAAUUAUAAUGUAAAUUAGAUUAAGAAAAAAAUAUAAAUCGUUAUUAUUAUACAACUAGAGAAUAUGAAUAGGUUUAUAUACAUCCAACUAGUAUUUAUUAUGGAAAAUAGAAUUGUGAAUAUAUAUCAUAUUGUUAACUUUUAACUUUUGGAGAUUAACAUUCAUAAAUCACAACUCCUAAAGUUUAUAUGGUAAAUCUAACUGAAGUACCAAAUAAGUCUAUUUUAUAUGAUUUAGAUACACGAUCUAAUUAAUUAAAAAAACUUACUAUUUAUGAAAAUAGUGAGUAUUAUGAUUCUAAAAAUGAUAGAAUGAUGUGUAAAGGAAGUGCUGUAAUAGAAAAUUCUUGGGUUUUAGAAGACAUAGAAGUAAUUAUUAUUAUUAAUAUUCUAUAAUAGAUACCAUUCCCUAAAGAUUAAUUGGGAUUCUAUUCAAAAUUUGCAAGAGCUCUUUAUUCAGGAUAGAUAUUAUAAUUUUAUUAGAUACUCCAAAAAUAUUAUAAAUAUAAAAUAUCAGAUAUUAGAGAAUCAAAUAUGCAACCAUAUUCAUAAAAGAUAAUAAAAGCACUUAUGUUUAAUGAAAUAACAAAUAAGAAUGAUUUAAUUAAGAAAUGGUCUAAAGAUAAAUAGUAAUUAUGUAUUUAAAAAAAUAGAUUUCUACUUUAAGAAUGUCUUGACUUUGUAUAAGAAGCUUAUCAUUAACUCAUAAAGUCAAAAUGGCCACCAAUUGAAUGA